AUGGCGAGUCCUCGGAAGGGAUCCGUCUCUGUUAUUGACGAGGACGCGGUCGGCGUCACGUCCGUGUUCGCGCAACAACACACCCAUGCGGUCGUGGAGGAGGGUGCCACCAAGGACGAGGUUACUCUAGCUGCCCUGGGAUACAAACAAGAGUUCAAGAGAGACUUCACCAUCUGGGAAUCGUUCUCAGUUUCGUUUGCUGUUCUGGGAAUCCUGCCUUCCGUCGCGUCUACGAUUGGCUACAGCUUGGGCUACUCGGGUACAGGUGGUGCCAUGUGGGGAUGGUUGAUUGCGGCACUCUUCAUCCAGUCCACCGCUUUCACCAUGGCCGAGUUGUGCUCGAGCAUGCCUACCGCCGGAGGCCUUUACUAUGCCGCCGCCGUGCUUGCUCCUGAAGGCUGGGGCCCACUGGCCUCAUAUUUCGUUGGGUGGAGUAAUUUCUGCGGGUUCGUUACUGGCCCAUGCUCUGUCAACUACGCAUUGGCGUCCAUGUUGAUCACAUGCGGGAUGAUCGCCAAUCCUGACUACGAACCCCAGACAUGGCAUGUCUAUCUGACACUGCUACUUCUCCUCGUUAUCAACGGUGUCGUCACCAUGCAAUCCACAUUUUUCAUUGGCUGGCUGAACAAGGUUGGGACCGUUUGGAAUAUCCUUGUGUUGCUCAUCUUUGUCAUUUGGUUCCCGGCGGGCUCAAUCAAUCACCCCAAGACCAAUAACAGCCACGAUGUCUGGACGACAUUUGAGAAUGGCACCGAAUGGCCGGUCCCAUGGGCCACAAUCAUGGGAUUCCUCACCACAAUCUGGACCAUGUCGGGAUACGACGCCCCGUUUCACCUCUCCGAGGAAUGCAGCAACGCCAAUAUCGCAUCACCACGGGCCAUUGUAAUGACUGCGCAGCUUGGAUUGUAUCUUGGCUGGGUGGUAAUUUGGGUUAUUUGUUAUACCGUGAAGGAUAUCCCAGAUGUCGUGGCGGGACAAUAUGGUCAGCCGUUCGGGAGCCUGUGUCUGCAAGUGCUAGGCAAAAAGGCCGGCUUGGCCAUGUUUUCUCUGAACAUCAUUGCCCAAUUCUUCGUUGGGGAAAGCUGUACCAUCACUGCAUCCCGCGUCGUCUUUGCCUAUUCCCGGGAUGGAGCUAUACCCGGCUCCAGAUGGUGGAGUCAGGUUCACCCGAAGACGAAGACACCCGUGUAUGCCACUUGGGGCGUCUUGGGAGUGGGGGCAUUGCUCGGGCUAUUGAUGUUUGCCAGCCCGGUCGCGAUUGGUGCGGUAUUCAGCAUUGGUGCCAUUGCGCAGUACACAGCAUUCACCACGCCCGUGGCUUUGAAGCUGUUCUUCGAUCAUGGAAGAUUCAAGCCCGGUCCUUGGCAUCUCGGUCGGUGGUCGAAACCAUUGGGGGCGGUGGCAUUUGGUUGGUGGUUGCUGAUCACCCCAGCUCUAUGCUUCCCGGCUGUCAAGGGCAAUGAUCUUAAUUCGUUAACGAUGAAUUGGACUUGCCUGAUAUAUGGAGGCUCAAUGUUCUUGGCCAUGUCCUGGUAUGCGAUUGAUGCCAGGAAGUGGUUCAAGGGUCCUCGGAUCAAUGUACACGUCACUCAGGAUGGGAUGGAGGUCCUUGAGGGACAGUCCGGUGACAGCAGCAAUGGAAACAAGGCGGCGGAACCCGAAAAGGAAGCGAUCAAGUCGGAGUGA